AUGGAGGAUAUAGAUAAAACACCAGUUCAAGUUGACAUGUCAACGCCGACGACAAGCGACCCCGAGAUACAACACCAUGUUGGCAAUGAAGAAAAGCGAAAUUCACUUGACGAGGUAGACGCAGAGCAGGGAAUAAUUCGAGAUGGACCAGAAGCACAAAAUAAACAACCCCAAGAUCCAAAUAUCGUGGAUUGGGAUGGACCUAACGAUCCUGAAAACCCUUUGAAUUGGACGAAAGCGAAAAAAGUCAAUGCGACAAUUUCUAUCGCACUAAUCACGGUUUUAACACCCCUUGGUUCGUCUAUGUUUGCACCGGGAAUCCCAGAACUUAUUAAGGACUUCCACCUGACAAGUACGGAGCUUGAAUCGUUUGCGGUCUCGGUCUAUCUACUCGGCUACUGCUUUGGUCCCCUCAUUAUUGCCCCGGUGUCGGAAAUGUAUGGGCGAAGAAUCGUCUAUAAUACCUGCAACAUCAUCUACAUCAUUUUCACCAUCGCUUGCGCUGUUGCUCCUGAAAUUGGUAGCCUGAUCGUAUUUCGAUUCUUUGCUGGUAUUGGAGGAAGUUGUCCUCUGACAAUAGGUGCGGGAUCAAUCGCGGACAUGUUUGCUCAGGAACAACGAGGUAGUGCGAUGGCUGCUUGGGCCAUUGGGCCAUUGAUUGGACCAGUCAUUGGACCCGUCGCUGGUGGAUAUUUAUCUCAAGCAAAGGGUUGGCGAUGGACAUUCUGGGUGCUUGCUAUGGCUAGCGCUGCUGUUGUUAUAACUUCAUUCUUCACGAUCAAAGAGUCAUAUGCACCUACUUUACUGGCUCGCAAAGCAAUAAGACUGCGAAAGGAAACCGGCAACCCGAAUCUGCGCUCCAUUCUCGACACAGGCCUUGAUCCAAAGCGCCUGUUCAAACAAUCAAUUAUUCGUCCUACCAAGAUGCUCUUCUUAUCGCCUAUUGUCUUUUUGCUAUCUCUAUAUGUCGCCCUGAUCUAUGGAUACCUUUAUCUACUGUUCACCACAUUCACUGAAGUAUUUGAGUCACAGUAUGAAUUUUCCCAGGGCUCUGUAGGAUUAUCAUACCUUGGAAUUGGCGUUGGCUCUCUGCUUGGCCUUUUUGUACUAGGCACAACAUCAGACCGUCUGCUAAAGUACCUUACUGCAAAGAAUGGCGGAACUUCGAAGCCCGAGUAUCGAUUACCUCCCAUGAUUCCUGGAACUUUCUUUGUUCCAAUUUCAUUGUUCAUUUAUGGGUGGACAGCGUAUUACAAAGUGCAUUGGAUUGUUCCCAUUAUUGGGACUGGGUUCCUUGGAGUCGGAAUGCUUAUCGCAUUUAUGACCGUCAGUACAUACUUGGUUGAUGCAUAUACUGUAUAUGCUGCAUCUGCUAUGGCGGCAAACACCGUUUUCCGGUCCUUAGCUGGUGCCUUGCUCCCGCUCGCGGGGCCCAAGAUGUACGAGACACUGGGACUAGGCUGGGGCAAUUCCUUGCUUGGAUUCAUUGCUCUGGCGUUGUCCCCACUUCCCAUCAUCUUUUAUAUGUUUGGUGAGCGCAUCAGGACAAGCAAGCGCUUCAAUGUGACGUUUUAG